AUGUCGUAUCAACCGUAUUCAGUUUUGGUAACUGGUGGCUGUGGAUUUAUUGGCUCUAAUUUCAUCAAUUCUGUGUUUCAAAAAUGGCACAUGACAAGAUUUGUUAACAUCGAUAAAUUGACAUAUGGAAUUCGGGAAACAAAUGUUGCUGCUGAGGUUCGACAGUCAAAUCGUUACAAAUUUUUUAAAGGAACAGUUAGAGAUAUUGAUUUACUGCUCUGUUUGCUCCGAGAUUAUCAGAUCGAUACAAUCGUACAUUUUGCCGCAGUGACACAUGUGGAUGAAUCAUAUAUUGACCGGAUUGGUACCAUUGAAGAAAAUGUAAUGUCAACGACAGUGUUGCUGGAAGCGGCUGCACUUCGAUACAAUGGCAUAAAGCGACUUCUACAUAUCAGCACUGAUGAAGUUUACGGUGAAUCAGAAGAGGGAAGCACACCAAAAGUGGAAUACUCAUUGCUUAAUCCGACGAAUCCCUACUCGGCUAGUAAAGCAUGUUGCGAGAUGAUUCUUAAAGCUUACUGGCACUCCUACAAAAUACCGUUUGUAAUGGUUCGCAUUAACAAUAUUUAUGGGCCAAAACAAACUCUAUCGAAACUAAUUCCAAAAUUUAUAUCGUUGGCAGUGGAAGGAAAACCGUAUCCACUAAUGGGUGAUGGAAUGCACACAAGGAGCUGGAUCUAUGUAGAUGAUUGUACAGAUGCAAUCAGACGUGUAUGUGAAAUAGGCAGAAUUGGUGAAAUUUAUAAUAUUGGAACAGAAUUCGAAAUCACCAAUUAUGAUGUCACCAUGCUGAUUCAUCAAACUGGUGAACAGCUGUCGGUAGUCUAUUUGGCCAAAGCUGGGGUAUUGUUUCAGAGAGUCCUGUAUCUUCCCUUUCGGGCUCUUCUGUUGCGGAAACCGGUGGGUCUUGGUAUGGACUUCAAUUGCCUUAGGUUAAAUAGCCUCACAUCGGAUGUAAAUGCCAUUUUUCUGGUCAAGGUGUGCCGUGGCUCUUUAGAGCAUCAUGCUGAAAAAGACUUCAGAUGGGAUUACAUCAAUUCAUCUGCUUUGCAGUUUUCAGCUGCUCUAUGGCUUAUGAUUCUUUCCCACACUGGGGGAUUACGUUCGAUUCAACUUUCACCGGUUGUUGUAUACUAUGCUGAAUUGCUCAGCUUUGGACUAUGCGGUUGA